GACGACAUACAAGGUUGCUAUCAGAAAUCAUAAUACUUGUUUUGUUUCUAUGCUAGUUAAGUAUGCACAUAUUGUUAUUUCUCUUCCUGGUAUGUAUGUCUUUUGCCUCUUCCACAGAUAUUUCUUGCUAAAGGAUACUGCUAUUGAGGGUAAAGAGCCCAGACUUUCGCAAGAGGAGCUAUGGGACAGGAUUUUAAGGGACGAUUACAUGAAAUAUACUGUUCAAGAGUGUUAUUAUACCCUCAAGUUAGUCCUCACAUCUGUGUUGGAUACUGAGGGGUUGAGAGAAUAUAUGACGAGAUUCAGAGAAGCAUAGCUAAUAGGAGCAUACUUGUUGAUAUUGAAUUGAAUAAGCUACCACUAAGGAUUCAGAAAGUUACUGCACUGUUGGCAAUACUGAUUUGUAUUUGAAGCAUAGCUAAUAGGAGCAUACUCUAUUUUUAUGUGCUUGCAGUGUGUUCACACCAUAUUACUCUGAGACUGUCCUGUACAGUAUGUCUGAACUCCUUAAAAGAAAUGAAGACGGGAUCUUUACUUUGUUUUACCUACAAAAGAUAUAUCCAGGUAUAUAACUUUCGUAUCUGAUGUGAC